AUGGCCAUUUAUCUGUACAAGAAAUGGAAAGCAACAAGAGAAACUCCUUCGACUCCGUCAGGACCCUCGAUCGAAACUUCAAAGCCAUCAAGAUUGUGCAAACACAGAACCAAUUCCCUAGAUUUCACGUCAGAGCAAGAGUCAGCAAUUCUUCUCGAAUCUCAAGCAAGGAACAGUGAAGGCAGAGAGGGCGGUACAAGUGAGCCUCAAGCUGGUACAUCUUAUGCUGAGCCAUGUAGUCUUUGUAUACAAGAGAAGAAAGCGUCCAGACGAUAUCGAUGGAGGUUAACUGCUGGGCUUAUGCUACCAUAUAUGGUACAAGCCCUAGAUAUCACCAUUAUUGCUGGGGCUUUACCUUUCAUUGCUUCAGAUUUCAAUCAACUUUCACAACUUAAUUGGAUUAUCUCCGCCUUCAAUUUAACCGCAACGGCAUUCAUACCAGCCUGGGGUCAACUUGCCGACAUAGCUGGCAGAUAUGCGACUCUUCAGGCGGCAUUAGUUUUCACCUUGAUUGGAAGCGCCCUUUGUGCUGGCGCACCAGUGAGUGCUUUCACCAUGCUACUAUUUGGUCGGGCAUUACAGGGACUCGGCUGUUCCGGGCUUCUAAUUUUGACCAAAGUUAUCCUUGCCGAUAAAGUCUCCCUCAAAGAAAAUGCAAAAAAUAACAGUGUAUUCGCUAUUGUUAGUGGCCUGGCCUAUGGAUUUGGACCUAUCGUCGGAGGAGCAUUGACACAAGUUUCGUGGCGCUGGUGCUUUAUUAUCAAUAUUCCAAUCGCGCUAGUGGGUAUGGUUGGUGUGCAUUUCCUUCUUCGACCAAUAAUGCUUGGCCCUCAGAAAAUCAGACGAACAGACGAUAAUACCGAAAUGAAAGGGCGCCAAACGUUUAUGACAAGACUUUCAACACUCGACUUUGGAGGACAAUUUUUAUUUCUCUUUGGCAUGGGUCUCUUCAUUCUUGCCUUAACGUGGGCAGGAGCUUCCUACCCAUGGUCAGACGUCAAGGUGAUUGUUCCUCUCGUUUUGGGCUCUCUCCUCCUCAUUCUAUUUCUCGUCUGGGAAUACCUUAUGAUGCCAGGCUCAGCACUAGCAGUGCGAUAUCCAUAUCGUCGUGCUAUGAUUCCAUUCAAGCUCAUCUUAAGUCGCAACUCUGGACUCCUAAUGUACAUCAAUUUCAUCACCGGAAUGGCAAUGUACGCCGUUUUCUACUUCGUCGAUAUAUAUUUCGCUCUCGUACUACAAUUCUCUUCCAGUGAAGGAGGUAAGAACCUUCUUUACUAUAUUCCAGGUUUGGCAGGCGGCGUAUACCUUGCCAUGUUCGCCUGCAAUGUAUUCCCCCGCCAGACUUGGUAUCCACUAUUCUUGGGUGCGCUCAUCGAACCUCUCGGUAUCACGAUCCUUGCUGCAGCUCUUUCCUGGGGUCAUCUACCUACCAUCUACGGCAUGCUUGCUUUAACUGGUAUCGGAACUGGUAUCCGACUCAUGCCCGGCACCCUCCAUGCUAUAGGUCAUUAUCCUACGCAAAUUGCACCCCUUGUCUCCAUGAUGUCUCUUUCUUCUUCGCUUGGUGGCACACUCGCCCUGACAAUUAUGCUCAACAUCUUCAAUAACCAUCUCUCCUCCUCUGGUAUAUCCGUAUCCGGUGCCACCACCGCGAGUUUCUCGGGCAUCGCAACUUUGGAAUCGGCAGAACAGGAUUAUGUGAGAAAGAUGGCGAAGGAGGGGAUAGUUUUGGCUUUCUAUGCUAUCUCGGCCUUUUUGUGGUUGGGAGUGGGCGCGAGUGUAGCAUUGGGGAAUGUAUGGAUUGCUAAGGGAGGUGAGGAGGGGAUGGCUAAUUUAAAUGGCGAUGAAAAGGUGGGACAGACGUGCGAAGGAAGUUUUCUUGGGAGUUUGUUGAGGAGAAGGAAUGGGAAUAAUGCGGAAAAGGCUUAA